GUAGCCCCCCUACCUCACACCGUCAUCUAAUCUCCACCGUCAUUCUUGUUGUGUUGUCUAGACAACUCCAUUCCCCCAUACCCCUUUUCCCACCUUUUCACUUCUCUCUCCCUCUUUUGCUCUCUACCUCUUUCUUCUUCUUCAAAAAGCUUUGGGGCAUAUAUAACAUAAUUCUUUUCCACGAUCUUGCCACCACUAUCAUGGCCACUUUUGUACUGUUUUCAGUACUUUUCUUGGCCAUCACUGGUCAUUCAAGUGCUAUGUUCUGUAUUUGUAAAGAUGGGGUAAGUGAUCAACAACUUCAGAAGAAUAUAGAUUAUGCUUGUGGAGCUGGAGCUGAUUGUACUCCUAUCCUUCAAAAUGGUCCUUGCUUUAAUCCUAAUACUAUUAAAGAUCACUGUAAUUAUGCUGUAAAUAGCUAUUAUCAAAAGAAGGGUGGAGCUGGUGCUAGUUGUGACUUUAGUGGAACUGCAACUACGAGCCCAAAUCCACCAACUACCACAGGUUCUGGGUGUGUUUACCAGUCCACUCCUGGCAACACUGGUGGAGGUACCACAACUCCAACAAUUGCACCACCAGGAACCACAACUCCAACGAUCGCCCCACCAGGCACCACAACUCCAACGAUCGCACCACCAGGCACCACAACUCCAGGAAUCGGCACCGGUGGCACGGGCACGGGCACGGGCAUAGCGACCACGCCAGGGACAAACAAUCCAGUAUUUGGGCUUGGACCAAGUGGAAGUGGCAUUAGUAACACAGACGGUAAUGCAGCUGGACAUUUAAAAAACAGUACUAUCUUUUUAACCAUAGCCCUUUUGGCUAUAAGCUUAAUAUGCUGAAGGGCCUAAAGUGAAAGAAGGUGAAAGGUCGAUAUUCUGCCACGAGGGUUGGGUCGUUAGGCGAAGUUUGAUUGCUGAAACUUGGGGAAUCUAUCUUUCCUUUUGUUUUUUUCUUCUGGUCUUUCUAUCUUAUUAUGGUUGCGUGGAAAAGUUGGAAUUGGAUUCCCUUUUAAGUGGAGGCCUAGUUGCUGAUUAUGGGGUAGUAGUUUUAGUAGUGUAGAAGAAUCGGAUCCCUGUCCCCUUUUUAGAAAUUUCCCCUUUGUUGUAUAUCUAUUAUGGAGUAAAGGCAGAGGCUGUAUUUAUUGUUUCAAAUUUUUAUCAAUUAGAACUCUGUAUCCCAUCCUUAUCUCUA